AUGAGUUUCGAAACGAUUCUCUACACCGCCGUCGUACUUCUAUUCAUUUUCCUUGUAUUCCUUCUCACCACCGCUUUUCUCAUUGUUCGACGCUCCAAACAAAGCAGUGUGAAUCUGCAGACAGUGGUGGUGACUCAAGAGAAUCCGUAUGUCACGAUGACGAGUCGAUCGUCUAAAAUGGAAAUCCCAGUGAUUCUUCCCAAGAAAUUUAACAUGACCGACACUGAGCAUAAGCACCUUCCGCCUCACAAUCCACCUCCACCGGUGCCACAUCACCACAACACUCAACUAACUCAUUCAACUCACCAUAACAACUCAACGACAAUCUCUUCGGCUACUAGCAGUAUCAACACAACAUCCACCGCUAGCAAGAAGCCCGCUGUCGCCGCUCCAGCUGCUCCUCUGGCCAGUAAAGCGAUGGACACAGUCGGUCGUGUCAUGCAGCUGAAUGGACAUGUUGGAUUCGACUCGCUUCCUCAUCAACUCGUUAAGAAGGCUGUUGAAGCAGGAUUUCAAUUCAAUCUAAUGUGUGUUGGCGAGACGGGAAUGGGAAAAACGACACUGAUAGAAUCGCUUUUCAACAUGAAACUCGAUUUUGAACCAUGCAAUCACGAGUUGAAGACCGUCGAGUUGAGGACUAAAACUUAUGACGUCGCUGAAGGUGGAAUUCGUGUGAAGCUGCGACUAGUCGAGACCGCUGGAUUUGGAGACCAACUUGACAAGGAUAAGAGCGCCAAGGUGAUAGUCGACUACUUGGAGUCGCAGUUCGAGAAGUAUCUCCAGGAAGAAUUGAAGCCACGGAGAAUGCUUCAAUACUUCGAUGACUCAAGAAUUCAUGCGUGUCUUUAUUUUAUAUCGCCAACUGGGCAUGGACUGAAAGCCCUCGACUUGGUGACAUUGCGUGAAUUGGCAAAGCGUGUCAAUGUUAUCCCAGUAAUAGCCAAAUCCGACACGACAUGCAAGGACGAGUUGCUGAGAUUCAAGAAGAAAAUUCUUAGCGAACUGAAAUCACAGAAAAUCGAGAUUUAUUCAUUCCCAACCGAUGACGAAACAGUUUCGACAACAAAUCAAGCAAUGAACACAGCUGUUCCAUUCGCUGUAGUGGGAAGUUGUGAUUUUGUGAAGAAGGAGAACGGACAAAUGGUUCGUGCUCGUCAAUAUCCAUGGGGAAUAGUGGAAGUUGAGAAUGAGCAACAUUGUGAUUUUGUGAAGCUCCGUGAAGCUCUUCUCCGUACGAAUGUUGACGAAAUGAGACAAAGGACACAUGAAUCGCUAUAUGAGAAUUAUCGACGCGAUAGACUUCGACAAAUGAAAAUUGGAGAUGGGGAGACUGGGCCGAAGAUAAUUGAAAAACUUGCACAGAAACAUCGCGAGUAUCAAGACGAGUUCAGUCGCCGAGAGCUGAGUCUUCGUGAAGAAUUCCAGAAGAAACUCGACCAUACUGAAGCUGACAUGCGAAAAAUGGAAGAAGCAUUGGCGGCACGCGAGAGAGAAGUUCAGGAUAAGCAUGAGCAGGAGGCGAAGAAGUUGGACGCGGAGAUUCGUCAGUUGACGGAGGAAAGGAUGAAGUUGAUGGCGAAAGUGUCGAAGAAGCUGAGAAAAAAUUUAUUCAUAAAGCGGCAGCAAUUGGGCUUCGGCAGUGGCACGUCCGACUUCGUUCUCGCACAACACGGUGAACGUUCCGAAGUGAUGCAUUUGAACGUAUGGAAUGGUCAAGCGGCACACAUCGGCGGUGUCUUCAAUGAUGACGUCACUGAAGCGGAGUUUGUCUUCGUUGAACAGCCAGCACACCUGAAGAAAAUCGUUUUGAUUGGUGGCGUCACGUGGAAAGUUGUCUAG